UGUGCCACAUUUUGUAGCUGUUUACAUAUCGUAUAUAAAAUGUGGUUAAGGGUAUUUGAGAUGUAAAUGGAUAAGCGAAGUUUAAACAUGUAGAUUUAAUUACACCGUAUAAAUUCUACGAGUGGAGUUUAUUAAUCUAUUGAAUUUCUUUGGAAAUAAUUAUUUGAUAUUGUUUGGAGUGUUAAGAAGUGUUAUGUAGAGCAUCUGUAUACCGUUUAUAAGUAACCUUUAUUCAGUGCGAUAUAAAAUGAAUACAGAUUGAGACAGUAUUGUCAACUUGUGCAACAUUAUAUCUUUUCUUUUUAAAGGGAUUUUAUCAAUCUGUCACAACGCACCUCGCGUAUAGGGCCUACUCUUGCUUAAAAGGAUUUUAAUCUUCGUUAUAUUCAUUGACUUCAAUGUAACAGAGACGGGAUGUAAAAUGGUCGACCCCAGCCAUGCCAUUGAACUAUUCAUCCUUUAUUUGGAGUAAGACAUAUUAUAUGACAGAAACGACAUCGGUAGUUAAAAGAUUUUUUUGAUAUAAAGUAGGUCAAAAGUUAUUUACGAAUUUCAUUGAAAAAUCGAAAACAUACAAUGCCGGUUAUAGGUUUCUCUUGACAACGGUAAUAUUGCAUUCAUUCAGUUAAUUACUUUUUUAGCCGUUAGCCUAUCGGUGUUGGAGAAACAUUCGAAUAUAAUGAAUAUUUAGUCAGUGUGAAUAUAUAUUUUGAAGGACUUUCAAAAACUUUGUCGAAAAUGUCAGAUAAACAAGUUAAACAAGCUAUCGAGAGAUGUGCAAUUGAUGAUUCAAUUACUACAGAUGGACAUGAACUUUCCAACCUGGACGCCGACUGUUCAGGAAGAAUUAGAAAGUCGUUUUUGUUGGAUACCAGAGAGGCGGAAGUUGUCAAGAAGUCUUUAGCUUCGGUGGCUGGAUCUUCCAAACGCUGCUCCGUUCGGAGACGAACUAACAAACGUUUAGGCAGACCAGAACCGGAAUUCGGGCACGAUACUGUAACGUACGAGAAAAUCCGAGAACGGAUUCUACAAGAACGUGCAGUGACGAACGCCAUAGACGCUUUACAGGAACGCUGGGGAAUGAUAACAUUUAUGCAUAAUGACUGUGUGGAGCUAAAUGAGAAAAGAAAGACACGAAAAUUAAGAAAACAUUGUAUACAGCGACAGUUCGAAUUAAUUAGCGUUGGUUUCGUGUUUGUGCUUAUAUGUUUACUGAUAUCACUGAUUAUUGUUUCGCUAAACAAGUAUUUACUGUAAAAUUAAGUUUUGUAUUAUUAUCACAUUUUUGCAAACUUUACUGUAGAUAUUAGACAACUAGAAUAAUUUAUUAAUACUCAAAAAUAGCGGAUUGUAUUAACAAUUUUAUUAAGGUAUGAAUUGAUGCAAAUUUGGUUACUCUUCAACAGUUUACAAUUCCUUUAGACUUAAUUAUAAGUGAUUGAAUAAAUGUAAUAUGCGAAAGCGGCAAUAAAUACAAAUUGUAAAACCUUAA